UAGAUGGGUCCUUGUUCAUCUCAAUAAAGAAAACCUGGCAAAUACUUAGAUGGAGGGUAAAAGCCUGGACCUAAUGCAAAACCCGAUGAGUUUAAAGUUGGACCAGACAUAUUUAUAACACUGAAAUAGGGUUCCAUUAGUAAUUUUUAUAAAAUUGAGAAAAGUCUUGGAAGCGGUAUUAGACUAAAAAUAAAAUUUUAGGAGCAUUCGGAGAAGUACGAUUAGUUAUUCAUAAGAGUUCAGGAUGUAGAAGGGCAAUGAAACAAAUAAGGAAAGAUAAAAUUAUUAAGGAUGAUGAGGAAAGUAUGUUCUCUGAAGUCAAUACACUGAAGGAGUUAGAUCAUCCUAAUAUUGUUAAACUUCAUGAGCUAUUUUAGGAUUAAAAGAAUUAUUAUCUUAUUACAGAGUAUUAGUGGUUAUAAUAUUAGAUUUUUAGAAGGAGGAGAAUUAUUUGAAAAGAUUACAGAAAUGAAAUUUUUUACAGAGAAAAUGGCUGCUGAUAUUAUGAAGCAAAUAUUAGGUGGAGUUGUCCAUUGUCAUGAGAAAAAAAUAGUUCAUAGAGAUUUAAAACCAGAAAAUAUACUUUUCGAAAACAAGAAACCAAACUCAAAUUUGAAAAUCAUUGAUUUUGGAACAUCCAAAAAGGUUGAAAACAAUCAAAAUUUAACUAAAAGAUUAGGAACUGUAUUAUUAAAUUAUAUAACUUUACAUUAGCCAUAUUAUAUUGCUCCAGAAGUUUUGAAAAGAAAUUAUAAUGAAAAAUGUGAUGUAUGGAGUUGUGGUGUUAUAUUAUAUAUAAUGUUAUGUGGUUAUCCACCUUUUGGAGGACCCGAUUAAGAGAUUUUAUAAAAUAUAGAAAUAGGAAAAUAUGAAUUUGAUCGUAAUUAUUGUUAAAUUAUAUGGAUAGCCGAGGAUUGGUGCAAAAUUUCAGAUGAAGCAAAAAAUUUGAUUAAAAAAAUGCUUACUAAAGAUUACACUUUGAGAAUCUCAGCUUAAGAAGCUUUCAAUGAUCCAUGGAUUUAAAAGAAUGCUCCUAAUGCUCCUAUAGACUUCAAGGCAAUAAAUAAUUUGUCAUCAUUUUUCGUAUCGUUUUCAUCAAUUUUCUUAGGGGAAAAAUAAGGUGAGAGCUGCCUUGAUGCAGUUCAUCUCAACCAAUCUAAUGACGAAUGCAGAGAAGGAAGAGUUACUAAAUGAAUUCAAAAAAAUUGAUAAAGAUGGAAAUGGAUAAAUUAGUAAGGAGGAAUUACUCUAAGGUAAAAUAAACCUCUAUUAUUAUAGUCUAUUUGAAAUAAUAUGAUGAGAUUAAAGCAAAAUAAAUGGUGGAUGAUAUUUUUGACAAGGUAGAUAUGAAUAAAUCUGGAUUUGUUGAUUUCACUGAAUUCAUUACAUCUGCUGCUAAUGAAGAAAAAUUAUUAAGCAAGCAAAGGUUAUAAUAAGCAUUCAAUAUAUUUGACACAGUAGAUUGUUAUUUAAUAAAUUUUAGAAUGGCGAUGGUUAAAUAAGUAAAGAAGAAUUGCAAGAGAUUAUGGGUAUGGAUGACAAUAUUUGGAAGGAAAUCUUGGAGAUGUGCGAUUCUAAUUAAGAUGGAUAAAUUUCUUUAGAAGAAUUUUUUGAAUUCUUACUCAAGAAAUAUCAAUGA